CACCACCAGGUAAUACGCACCCCCAGAAACACUCCAGCCACGCCGCCCAACUUCCCUGACGCCAUCACCAUGUUCUCCAAGCUGUGUGCUUCAGACUGUGGCCCGGGGGCCGCCCCAUCCCAGGCCUGUGUGACGUGUUCACCCCCACCCGCCUCCUACACCUCUGGCUUCUUUUGGGCCUCCUCGCCACCCAACCACCAGGCAGUAUGGCUACCCCCGUCCUCACCCAUGAGCCCCCACUUGCACCACGCUUACCACCUCCCACAGACUCCCAUGUGGCCCCCCAUCUCUCAGCCCAGCGGCACCCAGCAGCCACCUGUGGUGUCAGCAAUGCACAGUCAGAAAUGA